CCAUACCACAUUUUUCAAAAUUAAUCAAACCAAACCAAAAAAUCCAAAAGCUUUUAUACCCAAACAUUUAUACAAUGCACAUUUGGGCUCUAAUUAUUCAAAAAGAGUACCACGCUCUUCCCUCUUGGCUCAUUGGACUAUAGUUGGGCCGAACCAUUUCUUAUACCACAAAUUGUCAAUUGUCCAAAAUAAACAGAGACUAAAUGACAAUAUAAAGCCCAAUUUGGAGUUGUCACCGACAGCACGAGCGAGAGUACACAGUGAACUUGGCCGUCGAUUUGGCGGGAGGAAUUUGCCCCGGCAGCAUAUGUGUCUGUCUCAGGAAUGCCUGCGUGAGUCCUGUAUUUCUGCUUUGUUCAUCGAAAAUGUGGCGGAUUUAUGAUGGUUGGCUUGAGAUUCUAAAGAUUCAGAAGUUUCGGAGACUGGUGUCUUAUACAGGGUUCUUCUGUUUUACUGCGCUCAUCAGCUAUGUCUUCACUAACAAUACGAAUAGAGCUGGAUAUUCAAGAGCUGACCAGUUCUAUGCAUCUCUUCCUGCUGGAACUGAAGUUCUUGCUGACCAAGCAAAGCUAUAUAAAGCUGCACUUGGCAAUUGCUUUGAAGUGGAAGACUGGGGGCCAAUUGAAUGGAGCAUCUUGGCCAAACAUUUUGAGCGUCAAGGAAAAUCACCAUACGCCUAUCAUGCACAAUAUAUGGCACAUCUAGCUUCUCAAGGACAAGUGGAUGGAAGUUGAAGAAUCGAGGCUCACAUUUUUUUGAGGAACUUAAAGAAUGAUUCGAAUAUCUCAAGUGAAUGCUUAGUGCUUAGAGAUUAACAAGAUAAUGAUAUUUUUCUUGGUUAAUUCUUCUACUGAACCUUAUUGUGAAUUUUAUGUAUACAAGUACUGUACGUGGCUUUUGAUUUGUAAUCCUCCAACAUGUCAAUGGAGGUGUCUUUGAGAAUAGAUCGGUUUAAUUUCUUUGUUUUAUUGGUAUUCAUGUUAGUUUUAUUUUUAAAGAUGGUCAAGCCUCAUGUGUUCUACAAAUUAUUAGUAUGGAGUUUAUUCAUAAAGAUCGUUUUUUUUUUUUU